GCUAGGGAGAUAAAGAGAGUGAAAAAUUAAUGGGAAAAAUGAAUGCAAAUGCGCAUUAAGAUUUCCUCAGGCUGAAUGCUUCCAGCCAUCCAGCCAGCCAAAGACAGUUUAAAUUUGCUCGUCAUACUGUGCGCACAGUUUGCAGUUAGUGCGCCAAAAUUGAGUUGUUCCUGCUGUUGUGGCCCAUGCAGCUCACAUUCAAAAAACAUCUGCAGCACGCCCAUGGUAAGAUCUGUAAUUGAUGCUGGUAACUGUACUCAUAGGCGAAUCAGCGUUUAUCCAAAUUAGUGGCGUGUUCCCCAUCACAGGGCCAGGCGGAC